AUGGAACCGUCAGAAUAUCACGCCAGUGGAAAUUGGUUCUAUCGGGAAAUUUUGGGUCAAAUCAGGAGUCAACCGCAUUUUCUCAGCGCUCACGACGACACCAACUGGUUAUGGCCCGUACCACCGUUAAGUAUACCAAAUCCAGCACGGUUACUGAAGUUGCGUUUCAGAAACUCCCCGCCCCCGAUGAUAUUCACGGCGUCAGAGAUCGAGGCCGAGAACGGGUCUCCAAUAGAAAUCGAGCUUGUUGACGCCGCCACAAACACUCGAGUCGAGUCCGACUCGAGUUCGUUCUUGCUGCUCGAGAUCGUAGUGCUGGACGCCGAUAUCAGCGAAGAUAGCUGGACCACGGAGGAGUUCAACCGGAAUAUAGUCCAGUCACGUGACCGGAAACGACCGUUGCUCGUCGGAGAUCUGACCGUGCCGCUUGUAUUCGGGUCCGGGGUGAUUGGCGACGACGUCGCUUUCACGGAUAAUUCGUCCUGGUUGAGGAGCGGUAAGUUCCGAUUAGGGGCUAGAGCGAUCCACGGAGGAGUUGUGGAGGCGAUAAGUAAAGCCUUCGCGUGCAAAGAUCAUCCAGGACUCGGAAAAUCUUCUCGGAAACACUACUCUCCAUAUCCCGAUUAUGAGGCCUGGAAGCUAGACAACACCGCCAAAAACAGCGUUACAGAAUCGCGUUUCACCGGCCGUGAUCCUCGUCCUCCACCUCUCAGCGUCCACAAACACUCCCACAAGAUUAACAAACCUCCUAAGUACGGCCAAGUGCGGGUGGUUAAGUACGUGAGCAACGAGCCCAAGAUUAUACACGCCACCGUAUCGGAUUUCAUGAACGUAGUUCAGCGACUCACAGGGUUUCAUAGCUCUGCGACUUAUGAUGUUGUAAUCAGAUACGGGAAAGGGGACGUAAGCAGCGAUGAUUUCAUCAGCCAUCUCCGUGCUGCUCUCUGCCGGAGAGGUGUUUCUGUCAAUGGAGACCCUGACGACGAUGACGUGGAUGCAGUUCCGGAAUGUAGGGUUUUGAUCAUAAUCUUAACGAGCACAUACGUCCCUUGCAACCUCGUAACCAUUCUUGAACGUCAACGAGAAGAUCCUUCUCUAGUUGUUUAUCCCUUGUUUUACAAAAUAUCGCCAUCUGAUUUGAUCAAUAACAAGAAGAAGUAUGAGAGUUCUUUUAUCCAAGACGAGUGGCAAGUUGCUUUGAAGGAAAUUGCUCAGAUGCCUGGCUACAUCUUGACAGAUAAGUCCGAGUCUGAACUUAUAGAUGAGAUUGUUAGAGAUGCUUUGAAGGUGCUACGUACUAAGGAUAACGAGAAGAUGAUUGGGAUGGAUAUGCAAGUAGAGGAGAUUUUGUCACUGCUAUGCAUUGAGUCACCAGAUAUUCGGAGCAUAGGUAUAUGGGGUACGGUUGGUAUAGGAAAAACAGCCAUUGCUGGAGAGAUCGUAGCUAGAAUCUCUGUUCAGUAUGAGACUUGUGUCUUCGUCAAGGACCUUCAUAAGGAGGUAGAGCUAAAAGGGCAUGAUGCUGUGAGAGAGGAUAUUUUGUGUAAACUCUUAGAGGUGGAACCACAUGUUAUUGGGAUUUCGGACAUGAAAACAAGUUUCUUGAGGAGUAGGCUUCAGUGUAAAAGGGUCCUCGUUGUUCUUGACGAUGUGAAUGAUUUACAAGAUGUUGAAACCUUUCUAGAGAAGCUUAGCUAUGUUGGUCCAGGAAGCAGAAUUAUCUUAACCUCGAGAAACAGGCGUGUUUUCGUACAUUGUAAAGUUGAUCAUGUUUAUGAUGUCAAGCCAUUAGAUGUUUCCAAGUCUCUACUACUACUCGGUGGUGAUACAUUUCAGAGUGUUACGUCAUCUGAGGUAUUUAGGACAUGGACACUUGAGAUGGUCAAAUUUUCAAAUGGAAAUCCGCAAGUUCUUCAAUUCUGUAGCAAGUCAAACCCAGCAUGGGAUCAGUCAUUUGAACACGUUUACAAAGCCUUUCGUAUCUACAAAGAAUGGAAGCAGUUAUCACAACGAAUUGAGAAAACCUCUCCAAUCUACAUUCCAGUUAUAUUUGAAAGAAGUUGUUAUGGGCUUGAUGACAACGAGAGGGGUAUAUUUUUGGACAUUGCAUGUUUCUUUGGAAGAAUGGAUAAAGACAACGUUGCAAUGUUGCUUGAUGGUUGUGGUUUCUCUGCACAUGUUGGAUUAAGAAGCCUUGUUGACAAAUCAUUGUUAACCAUAUCACACAACAUGGUGGACAUGCUCAGCUUUCUCCGGGCAACAGGUCGAGAAAUUGUUCGCCAAGAAUCACCUGACAGGCCAGGAGACCGCAGCAGGUUGUGGACUACGGACGAGAUCAUGGAAAUAUUCAUAGAUAACACUGGCACAUCAGCCAUUGAAGGGAUUUUCCUGAACAUGUCGAAGCUGAAAUUCGAUGCAAAUCCCAAUGUGUUCGAGAAAUUGUGUAACCUUAGACUAUUAAAGUUUUAUUUCUCGGAAGUGAUAGAGAACCACAGAGUGUCUUUACCUCAAGGUCUUGAAUAUUUGCCAAGCAAGCUACGGCUUCUCCACUGGGAAUGUUAUCCUUUGAGCUCCUUGCCGCGAAGUUUUGAUCCAAAGAACCUUGUAGAGCUAAACUUGCCAAAUAGUUGUGCAAAGAAACUUUGGAAAGGAAAAAAGAGCCUGGAGAAGCUUAGAAAGAUGAGACUUAGCUACUCCGACCAGUUAACUCAAAUCCCAAGACUUUCAAAUGCGCCAAAUCUUGAGCAUAUUGAUCUUGAAGGCUGUAGCAGUUUAGCGAGUAUUAGCCAGUCAAUUUCUUCUCUUAAGAAGCUUGUUUUUCUGAACCUUAAGAACUGCUCAAAGCUGGAGAGUGUUCCAUCUACGGUUGAUUUAGAAUCUCUUGAGGUUUUAAAUCUUUCUGGCUGCUCAAAGCUAGAGAAUUUCCAGGAGAUCUCACCAAAUGUUAAAGAAUUGUACUUAGGUGGGACUAUGAUACAAGAAAUCCCGUCAUCGAUCAAGAACCUGGUAUUUCUUGAGAAGCUGGACCUGGAAAACAGUAUACACCUCGUUAAUCUUCCAACGAGCAUCUGCAAGCUGAAGCAUCUUGAAACAUUGAAUUUGUCAGGCUGCACAAGCCUGGAGCGGUUUCCCGACUUAUCAAGAAAAAUGAAAUGCUUAAGGUUUCUUGAUUUAAGCAGGACAGCCAUCAGAGAGAUACCCUCCUCCAUAUCUUACCUGACAGCUCUUGAAGAACUGAGAUUUGUGAACUGCAUGAAUCUCGUAAGAUUGCCUGAAAACGUGUGGAGCUUAAGAUUCAAGGUUGAAUUUCGCCAGAUUGACACAGAGAAGUUUUCAAGACUAUGGAAUAGAUUUGGAUGGCUAAAAAAAGUUCAAAUCUCUCAGUUUUCUACUUCUACUCCUGUGGAAUGA